GUUGUGGUAGCCAUUUUGACAAUUUGUCCACUGGCAUAAGCUUCCCAUCAAUUGUGUAUGUACACAAUGUAACAUUGUACUAAAAAUCAGAGCCUUUUGGAGCGUUUUCUUCCUGAGAUUUCGAGCAACUACGAAAUAAAGAUUUAUAAAAUGUCCUCCUUUAUCUGGACAGCGUUUAUGAUAGUGGUGUUAAUAGCGCUAGUAGUUUUUCUAAUAAAGUUCUUGUUAUGCAAUUGUAUGCUGUCACGUGGAGAAGAUUCCAUUCCAAUUAUUCCUGGACAGAGAGAAGCAUUUUGGAUAGAAUAUGACCGAUUAAGAACGCAGGCCAUGAUGGCACGACAGCCUCCACCGGAUUUUGAUGAAGCGCUGCGAUCUUCCAGACCUGUUUCGUACGUUGAGGUUGUCGAGGAGCCACCUCCAACUUACGACGAUUUUUUAAAAAGCCAGACCCCUUCACCAACAAAUUCGUCGCCAGUGUCACAAGGCACAAAUUUCUCCACGUCCUCCGGACAAAGUAAUGCAAUCGUGGUGAACCCUUUCGAGGACGAUUUUGUCUUUGAUCUAUCUGCUCAAGAAUCGGAUAUAGAUUUGGGAGAAGUAGUUUUCGGCAGGAGAACCCAUAUUUCUCAAGGCACAAGAAAUCCCAAUACAGAGUCGUCGGAUGCAUAAGAAAAAAUAGCAGGGUUGAAAAUAACGACUCAAGACUGAGAAUUAAAUACUUGUAGUAUUAUAAAUUGGUGAUUAUGUAGAAGGCCUCCUGCAGGCAGGAAGUUUGUCAUACAAUUUUUUAAUUAAAAAGUGUAACGUUGCUGUAAAUGGAAGGUGUGGAAAUGAGUUCCCUAUGUAUUUAAAUAAUAAUUUGACGUAUGAAUGUAUGUAUAUUACUCUGUAACUAAUGAUAGAAUUUUUACAUAAAAACAUAAAAUCCAGUAUGUGCAAGUAUAUUA